ACGACAUUCACUACUCACUUGAAAAAAGGUUGUUGCACGGGGCAAAGCGCCAGGCAUAUGUAGCUACUAGCUUCGUUCGACACUGAACGCGCUGGAACACGUCUCAGACUUUCGCAAAGGUUGCACAAGAAGUGGUGAAGAUGGUCAUUUGCGCUCGCCGUGGGUGCGGUGCGGACUUUGAUGCUGCCACGCCGUCUUCGUCAGCAUGCCAUUUCCACCCUGGUGCACCGGUCUUCCAUGAGGGCCUCAAGUCUUGGUCCUGCUGCCAAGAUGUGAACAAGCCUGUCAUGGAGUUCGAUCAGUUCCUCGCGAUAAAAGGUUGCGCCGAAGCACCUUCGCACACUGUAGAAAUGCAAGAGCUUCCCGAUGGAGCAGCUGCAAAGAAGAGUGAAACGGAGGGGCCGAGUGCUGUGACGGCGAACGGAGUCGAAACGUACGGCCGGGCUGCUCCUCAGCCUGUAACCCAACCGUUAGUUGGUAACUCACUCGCAGCAGCGCAAAAGGCCAUGGACGCUGGGAAUGCUGCUCCUGUCGAGAAAGCGGAAGAGGCUGACCCUUCGCAAGCGGAUGAGGAAGGCGCUGUUAAAGAUGGAACAAAAUGCAAGCGAGCUGGAUGCUCUUACACAUUCACCGGCGGGAAACGGAGUCGAAGUGAGGAGAAGUGCAGCUAUCACAAGGGUGUUGCUAUAUUCCACGAGGGUUCAAAGGGCUGGUCAUGCUGCAAGCCGCGUGUGUUAGACUUCGCUGAUUUCCUCGCUAUUGCACCGUGCACGGAGGCGACAAACGGACACCUUUUCGUCGGCGACCAAUCAAAAGCAAGUGCCGCGAGCACGGAUGGCUACGAAAGGGUCGACUGCCGCGUAGAUCACUAUGAGACGCCCGACGACGUCCGCGUGACGGUGUACGCCAAAGCAGUGCAGACGGAGAAGAGCAAGGUCGAAUUCCGAGAAGACGCGGUGCUGCUCUCCUUGGAGAUGCCUCCGGCGCCAGGCGGCUCGGAUUUGCCACGGCGGCACGAACGCGUGCUCAAGCCAUUUGCAAACAUUGACGCGGAUUCGUCCACAUUUACCUUCACCAAGUUCAAGGUCGACCUCGUGCUCGUGAAGAAGGUCAAGGGCCAGAGUUGGCCGAGCCUCGAGUCGGGGGACAAGGCAAUUGGGUACGGUCUCACCUUUGGCAGAUCGAAGGACGUCAGGGCAUAGACAGUUAUUGUAGCGGACGGCCGUUAGAUGCAGAUAUGAAAGUUCGUAUGGCGUAGAUCGAAUGUCUCGCUAUGGUAGUACAUGACGAUUGCAGAAAGACGAAUUGCGAUGGUCUGAGUGAUCAUACCACGGCGAGACCUCCUUCUAUGAUACAUAUCCAAAUGCACGCCCUUAAACCACGUU